UUCCCCGCCGGCUGCGGCCGCGUCCGGACGCUGUUUGCUCCCGGUUCCGUCCCAGUGCUCCCAGUUAGAGCGGUGCCGGGAGGGAAAGCGCUCCCGUUCCCUCCCAGUGCUCCCAGUCAGAGCGGUGCCGGGAGGGAAAGCGCUCCUGGUUCCCUCCCAGUGCUCCCAGUCAGAGCGGUGCCGGGAGGGAAAGCGCUCCCGGUUCCCUCCCAGUGCUCCCAGUGCUGCACGGGCCGACGCCGCUUUGGAACCCGCCCCGGGCAGAGCGCGGCUGCUUUUGGGUGUCGGCACCUGCCCGGGCCGGGCUGGGAGCGGAGGCGGAGCGGCAGGAAGAGGAGGGACAGAACCGCGUUGUUUCCCGUGCCGGGUCUCAGGCCCGCCCGCUCAGGCCGCCGCUCCACCGGCGUCAGUAGCACCGAGCCCCACACACCCGACGGAAUCCACAGGAUUUCCCAUUCCCAAACCUUGGCUCGAUGGAGGAAGAGGAGGCUGCGAGGAAGAGAAAGAUGCCCUGAGAGCACCAGGCAGACAAGGAGCUGAGGAUGGAAACCAGCAAGGACAAAUCCCCAGACUUGAGGCAGAACCUCAUGGAAGAGGCCGUUCUGAGCAGCUCCACAGCACAGGAAUCCAAUGGGGAGGAAAAACACUGUAAAUGCUGCAAUGGGAGGGGCUGCAAAUGCAGAUCACAGGGAUCCGAGGAGGAAAUACCCACACUGGGCUGGGGAUGCAGCCAGAGCUCAGAGCUGGGGGUCCAUGAGCAGCUUCAUGAUGGGGAGAAGCCCCACAAGUGCUCGGAAUGUGGGAAGAGCUUCGGCAAGAGAUCCUCCCUGAUCUAUCACUGGAGAAUCCACAUGGGGGAACGGCCCUAUGAGUGUGGGCAAUGUGGGAAGAGCUUCACACAGAGCUCCUACCUUAUUGUCCACCUGAGGACCCACACAGGGGAACGGCCCUAUGAGUGUGGGGAGUGUGGGAAGAGCUUCAGGACGAGAUCUAAACUUACCCGCCACCAGAUGAUCCACACUGGGGAGAGGCCCUACGAGUGUGAUAAAUGCAGGAAGAGGUUUCAGACCAGCUCCAAUCUCCUCACACAUCAGCGCAUUCACACAGAUGAGAGGCCCUUCCGCUGCCCCGACUGCGGGAAGGGCUUCAGGUACAACUUCCGCCUUGUCACCCACCAGCUCAUCCACACUGGUGAGAGGCCAUUUGAGUGUCCUGAGUGUAGGAAGAGCUUCAGGACAAGCUCUGAACUGAUUGUUCACCAGAGAAUCCACACGGGGGAACAGCCCUAUGAGUGUGAUGAAUGCAGGAAGAGGUUUCAGAGCAACUCCCAUCUCCUCUUGCACAAGCGGAUUCACACAGAUGAGAAGCCCUUCCUCUGCCCCGACUGCGGGAAGGGCUUCAGGUACAACUCCAACCUCAUCAGCCACCGGCGCAUCCACACUGGGGAGAGGCCCUAUGAGUGUCCCAGCUGUGGCAGGAGCUUCUCACAGAGCUCUCACUUGACCAGACACCUACGGAGCUACCACUAAGGGAAAACCUGCAAGUGCUCCAAGUGUGGGAAAAGCUUUGUGCGCUGCUCUAGCUCCAUCCCCCAUGGGAAGAUCCACACUGGAUGAUUCCCAGUGACCCUGCAGUGGGCAGAGCCCCAGUGAUCCCGUGUUGGGAAGACACCUGCCUGUGAGCUCCACAUCGUCCUGGCUCCCUGUAGCCUGAAUUUCUCAUUGUCCCUUCAAAUCACUCAAAAUUGGGGUAAAAAUAAAGAUGUUGAACUGAAA